AUGAGCGGAACGGAAGGGUCGUGGGGCGUCUGCUGGGUGCUGGUGACGGGCGCCUCUCGGGGUCUGGGCGCUGCCAUCUGCGAGGGCGUGGCGCCUCUGGGGGAGGGCUCUCGCAUGGUGGGCGUGGCGCGCACUGAGGGGGGCCUCGCCAGCACAGAGGGCCAGGUCAAGAAGGCCAGUGCCAAGGUCGAGUUCAUCCCGGUCGUGCUAGACUUGGGCGGGGCAAGCAAGGCUGACAUGGAAACUGCUCUCAAAUUACACUUUGGGGGCGAGGAUGUGCCAAGUCCCUCCCGCGUUUUGAUCUUCCACAAUGCCGGGUCCCUUGGUCAACUCAAGUACCUGAGAGACCAAGCGGAACAGCAGCAUGUACAGCAGUAUUUUAAUCUGAAUGUAAGCUCGGUCGUGACACUUAAUGCUGUGUUCAUGGGAAUGGUUCGAUCGCUGGCUCCGAGUGCAGCCAUAGAGGUGAUAAAUAUAUCAUCUCUCUGUGCAGUCCAGCCCUUCAAGUCGUGGGGUUUAUACUGCGCAGGGAAAGCAGGCAGAGAUAUGUUGUUCAAGGUCUUAGCUGCUGAAGAAUCUAAUGUUACGGUGUUGAACUAUGCUCCGGGUCCUCUUGAUAAUGACAUGCAGGUGGCUGCGCGCACGGAGACAGCUGAUGACGACCUUCGAUCUGUCUUUUCCUCCAUGAAGAGUGAGGGAAAACUCCUUCCUUGUAGCACGUCCGUUGGCAAACUUAUAGACAUUUUGAACAGCAAGAAAUUCAAGUCUGGAGAUCACGUUGAUUAUUAUGAUGAAUUGUAAUUGGUUUUGGUAAAUGUAUAAUCAACGUCAGUGAAUAUUCUGCAGGAGUACUCUCCCACCUCUCCCCACUUCAUUAUUUUGUGAGCUUGAAAGACUGAUUUUUAAUUUCUUGCAGAUUCUAUGAAGUAGAACUUUGAUUAAGAAGGGUUAAGGCAAAAACAAGUUCAUAUUCAUAUUUAAUACCAAUGGCUCAGUAUACACAGUUCAUAAAAAAAUAGAAAUAAAAAAAGACAGUUUACGCUGAAUCUCGUAAUGAAACACCAGUUUUAUCAUUAGAUUUUUUUUUUUUUUUUUUUUUUUUUUUUUUUUGUAAUGACUUGAAGCUAAGUGCAGUGUGGCAUGCUGGUGUUCAUGCCUGUUGUUAUUGUUGUUAUUUUUUUGUUUUUGUUUUUUGCAAGAUAGUAUAUGUUGAUUUUUUUUUGCCAGAUAGCAUACAUUGAAUUAUUUUUGCUCUCCAAUAUUUUUUAGAAUAAAUAUGAUCAGUAUAUAUUUUUGCUAUUCCUUUAUACUAGUGAUUGUCUCAUUCAAAGAUUUUUGUUUAUGCAUAUUGGUCUUCGGGCUUAAGAGCAUCAAAGCGUUGAAACAAAAAAUUGUACAAUAGUAUUGAUAUAAAUUUACUAGCAGAAGUAGCUCCAGUAUCCAAUAAUGCAUUAUGAAGCUGAAGAAUAUAAAAUAACACUUCCUGACAUCUCUUGUCUCAAGAAGCCUAAAAACAAUGAAAAUUGUAUAAAAAAAAAAAAAAAAUAGACCCCC